GCCCCUCCCUGGGGAUUUGAAGCUCGGUUCCCGCCAUCUGCAGCUUCCCCAGGCUGCGGCCUCCGGCUGAGGUGCAUCACGUGAGGUAAAUUUAGAGACGUCUUUAGGCCGCGCCUGAUUCCGGGGGCACAAAGAGAAGUUUGUUAACUCAAAACAGCUGGAGGUGAUGUCUAGAUUCUCCUGAGCCCUUAAUUUCUCUUUAUGGGGAGCAGAAGAUGUUCUGGGCCUCCGGAGAGAGGAAGAAUUCUGGGAAAAGCAAAGGUGGGAGCAGCUGGCUUCCAAAGUGGUCGAGGAGCUCCCAGUGGUCGUUGCUUUCCAUUUGCCCUCCUGCUCAAAUAGUUCAAGCCCCAGUUGUUCUCUGAUGCUCCAGCUGUCACUCAUCUCUAGCUGUGAGAACAGUCCAGGGACAUAGUAGAUGCUAAGCAUUGCAUUCCCUCAGCAGUGUAUCUUCAACGCCAAGAUUUUCAUGGGAUAUGCCAUUUGCUAAUGAGUUCCUGUCACUGCAAAGAUUUCUGCUAAAAUUGAAGACAAAGGCAUUGCCAGAGUACUAAUUGAUAGAAAGGCUUCUGAGAUUGGAUUUAUUCUCUUUCUGCUUCUGAACCAACGAUGAGGAAAUGGGAAGCAAUGCUGAAGCAAAUUGAAGAGCGAGCAUCUCACUAUGAGAGGAAGCCAUUGUCCUCUGUGUAUAGACCAAGAUUGUCCAAGCCAGAAGAACCACCCUCCAUUUGGAAGCUAUUUCAUCGUCAGAAUCAAGCUUUUAAUUUUGUUAAAAGCUGUAAAGAGAAUGUUCACGUAUUUGCUUUGGAGUGCAAAGCAGGAGAUGGACAACGUAUUUACCUUGUAACAUCUUAUGCUCAACUUUGGUUUUACUAUAAGUUCCGGAAAACCCUCUUGCAUUGCUACGAAGUUAUUCCUGAGAAUGCUGUGUGCAAGCUUUAUUUUGAUUUGGAAUUUAACAAAUUGGCGAAUCCAGGAGCUGAUGGGAAAAAGAUGGUUGCAUUACUCAUAGAGCAUGUUUGUAAAGCACUUGAGGAGUUAUACAAUGUUCACUGCUCAGUUGAGGAUGUUAUCAACUUGGAUUCCAGCACUGAAGAAAAAUUUAGCCGACAUCUAAUCUUUCAGCUCCAUGAUGUGGCGUUUAAAGAUAACACUCAUGUUGGUAAUUUUGUGAGAAAAAUUUUGCAACCUGCUCUUCACUUAAUUACCAAGGAAGAUGACGAUAAGAUUCCAGAGGCAACAGACCACAAAGUUUCCUGUUUUUCUGAUGUACCAUUAAAACAAGAGAUUUUAGAGACCUGGGAGAAGCCGGGGUCACCUAAGCAAUACAUCCCUGAUCUUUCAUUUUUAGUUGUGAAGAAUAAUAUGGGAGAAAAAUGUCUUUUUGUAGAUUUAGGCGUUUAUACAAGAAACAGAAACUUUCGACUGUAUCGAUCAUCAAAGAUAGGAAAAUGUGUGGCUUUGGAGGUUGCUGAAGAUAACAGAUUUAUUCCAAAGCAGUCAAAAGAUAUUUCUGAGGAAAACCAGUAUUUCCUGUCUUCCCUGGUGAGCAAUGUCAGAUUUUCAGACACUUUACGAAUUCUCACAUGUGACACAUCUCAGACUAAAAGAAAGCGGGCUGAGUAUUUUAACAGCACAGGCACUUCAGUUGAAUCCCUUGAAGGUUUCCAUUGCUCACCAUAUCCUGAAGUUGACCAAUUUGUUCUUUCUUUGGUGAAUAAACAUGACAUUAAAGGAGGAAUUCGGCGUUGGAACUACUUUUUCCCAGAAGAAUUACUGGUUUAUGACAUUUGUAAAUAUCGCUGGUGUGAAAACAUUGGAAGAGCCCACAAAAGUAAUAAUAUUAUGAUUCUGGUUGAUCUGAAAAAUGAAGUUUGGUAUCAAAAGUGCCAUGACCCUGUAUGUAAAGCACAAAACUUCAAAUCUAACUGUUUUCCAUUACCCACUGAAGUAAGUCUCCUGUUUCUUCUGAAAGAGGAGGAGUUCACUCCUGAUGAAGUAGGUGAAACCAGCAACUCACUGACUAAGAAUUCUCAAAACCCACCAUCAAGUAAUCUGUUACCAGACAGCUUUUCUGAUGCUGGCUGGGAUGACCAAGAUGAUGCCUGCUUCUUAGAAGCUACAGAAGAUGCUGAAUUCGCUGAUGCUGCAGACAGGAGUCUUCUUGGUUACAAGAGUGCAAUGGACGAUAUUCCUGACGAACUAAUUAUAGAAGCAUUACAGAGCAGCUAACUGUGGACAGGACUUACAUAAUGAGGCUACCAUUUGCCUGAAGCCUGAGGUUUAGGACAUAAAUGUUAAAUUAGGGCUGGGGCUAUAGCCCAAGGGUAGAAUACUUACCUAUCAUGUGUAGGGCCCUGCAUUUAAUUCCCAGCACUGUAACAAACCAAAUUCUAUUAACUUAUUAUUGGACCUAUUUAUAGUAACUGUUUUAUCACUUAGUUUAAUAAUUUGCUCCUUACCUGAACCAGUUCUAUUGAAGAUUAACUUUGACAUAGUUCAGUAGAUGCUCCUAAUUAACCAAAAUUAUCCUAUGCUUGCAAUGAUAUCAUUUACAAGGUUUAUUGUAGGUUAGAACUCUUAUGCCUUCUGACAACUAACAUAUCAAGAGAUUGAAAUUUGUUAACUAUAACUAUGGCUUCUGAUAUGGUUGGACAGUUGAACUGGUGUUAUCUAGUCUGAAUGACAAAAAUGGUAAUAAAUUCUGCUGAGUAGGCCA